UGAACUUUAGCCAAAAGAGAAAAGUCCUCGUAUUAACAGAGCUAAUCGAAGCAAAGAUUUCAGACAACUUAAAAGUCAUAAGUUCGAAAAUCUAGACGUCGAGCGGAAGGAGAACUCGAAGAAAUGGCCCCGAGGGCUCCGACGAUCAAAGAAGAUAAGACAAUUGAACGUCCUGUUAAAUCCGUUGCCGUUGUUGGUGCCGGUGUAAGUGGGCUUGCUGCAGCAUUCAGGUUGAAAUCACAUGGUUUGGACGUCAAGGUAUUCGAAGCUGAAGAAAGAGCUGGUGGAAAACUGAGAAGUGUUUUUAAGAAUGGGUUAAUAUGGGAUGAAGGUGCCAACACGAUGACAGAAAGUGAGAUUGACGUCAAAAGAUUGCUUGAUGAUCUGGGGCUUGGAGUAAAGCAACAGUUUCCAAUUUCACAGAACAAGCGGUACAUUGUGAGAAAUGGAAGACCAGAACUUAUUCCAUCAGAUCCCAUUUCACUGAUCAAGACCAAUUUUCUUUCUACACAGUCAAAGCUUCAGAUACUUUUGGAGCCAUUUUUACGAGGAGAUUCCUUAAAGAAAAGUAACAUCUCCAAGGUCUCUGAUGAAAAUUUACAUGAAAGUGUGGGAGAGUUCUUUCAGCGUCAUUUUGGGAAGGAGGUUGUUGAUUAUCUCGUCGACCCUUUUGUUGCCGGGUCUAGUGGUGGAGAUCCUGAAUCGCUGUCUAUACGCCAUGCAUUUCCAGAGCUUUGGAAUUUGGAAAGGAAGUAUGGCUCAAUAAUAGUUGGGGCAAUUCGAUCUAAAUUUUCUGGUAAAAGGGAAGAAAAUGAGGCAAGGAAAAAUUCUUCAGGGAAAAAGAAGGGUCAGCGUGGCUCAUUUUCUUUUCAUGGAGGGAUGCAGGUAUAGAGCAUUAUUAUUC